AUAUAACAUCGCUUGCACUGAAAGAACACGCGCCAGCCCGCCAUCGUCAAACCCUAUCGUCUCUCCUUCUCUCCCUCUCGGUAGAAAAUUCUUUGAAAAACAAAAUCACCAAAUCACAAGCCCUAGCCUAAAUCCACAUGAAAACAAUCGCCCCCCCCUAACAAACCCUGAUUUGAUGACUAUAACAAUCCAAUCGCACAAAUCCUGACAAUCAUUCCUUCUCUUUUGUUUCCUCUCUGUUCAGGCCUAUCUGCUGUGGUCAUGGAGGGCUCUGUGGUGGCGGUGGAGGAUCUCGGAGCCCCCGAUUCAUGGGAGGUGGCUGAUCUAGACCAGACGAUGAAUUGUUUGUCUCUGAAUAAAGAGACUAAGCAUCAACAGGCUAAAGAUCAGCUCCCUCGCUCGGGUUCCGGUCCGGGUUCUUUGGGUCCGGGUGAGAAAGUAACGUAUGAUGUUGCUAAUCAAGUCGAUCAGUUUCUCCUCGAGGCCUUGCAGAACACUCGCGAACGCCUCUCAAUUUUGCGGAUGGAACAAGACAUAGAGAAGUUUAUCCGUGAUCCAAACCAACAACAACUAGAGUUUCAACAGUUGCCUACUUCAUAUUUAAGGCUGGCAGCACAUCGUGUAGCACAGCAUUACUCACUGCAAUCAAUGGUUUUGUUAGACAAUAGUUUACCUGAUGGCUCUGGCUCCAGAAUUAUUGUCUGCAAGACUUCCAACUGCAGGCUUCCCUUGAUUCGCCUGGCUGACAUCCCUGUGAGUUUGCCAUCAGAAGAUGGUGAUACUGUUAAGGUUGCAAUUAAACAGAGGCCACAAAAAGGGUCUCACACUGCCAACAAUUCAAAUUCAUUGAAGAAAAAUAAUUCCAAAAGCGUGGAGGAAAGAAAAGAGGAGUACAACAAGGCACGUGAACGGAUAUUUAACUCUAGUAGUUCCACUGUUGGUACUAUUGGGAAACCGGACAGUGAACCAAGGUCGCAGGAUUGUUCCCAGAAUGGUACAUUUGGUAUAUCAAAGUCAGAAGAUAAAUCUGCUCCAGGUAUUCCUGAUUUAAGUUCUGGACAGGGUUUAAUUGAAUCUUCCUCAAGUAACAGUAGAUCAGCAACAUUAGCUAGAACAAGAAUCGAGAAGGAGCCAGUUGGUAGGUAUAGACCAAACAAUAGGGUAGCCAUAUUUCGGGACCGUGAGGUUGAUCGGAAGGACCCCGACUAUGAUCGAAGCUAUGACAGGUACAUGCAAAGAUUUGACCCUGGUUUUGGGUUCAAUGGGGGAGGACCGUACACUAUCCAGCCCAUGUACACUCCUGCAUUAAAUUACAACACUGAAUUUCCACAACUUGGGUCCCGUCACAUUUCUCAAAUAUCUACAGAACACCAACCUCACCAUCUCCCUCAACAUGUACCAGGGCCCUGGGCCGCACCAUCAACCCCUGCAGGGAUUGGGUAUGGUCAUCCUGAUACUCUUAUACCUCUGUUUAAUCCAAAUCAUGUUGGUGCACGCUCCACACCUGCCAUUUAUCUGCAUUCCUCGCAGUAUCCAUGUCAACACCCGGGAAUGCCUUUCAUCCAUCCUCAUGAACAUGUUCAGCCUUUUUCACAGUCUUAUCAACAGCAACCUGAUGCAAGUUUUGGUUUAGCUCGGCCCCGUUGAGGGGCUUGGGCCAUGCCUGCACCCUGCCAGCUGGAACUUAGGCAUGAAAUAUUGAUGAGCUGAUUCACUCUGAAUCAUAUACGAACUGGCAGGAGUGCAGGCAUAGAGAACCGAGUUGGAUUGGAGUGGACACUUUUUCUCAUGAGCAGACGCUGAUCCAUUCCACCAAUCUUGGUUUUGCUUGAGGCUUCUUCAUGUGGUGAAAGACGAAGAAGCUCAAGGGCUUGGCAGAUGAAUGUACAAGAGCUCUGUUUUGUCACUGAUGAUGAUGAAAAAGAAUCGUCAGAGUUGGGUAUGUGUGUUCUCAGUCUAAUUGAAGACGUGAGGGCGUUGCAGAUGGGAUGUCUGCUGUUUUCGGUGAACCAUGUUGCCUUCAAGACCAUUGUUUUGUCUUUUGUAAGCCGUGGCAUGUGGGCGUGCGGGCGUGCGUGCGUGCGUGUAUACACCUCUCGAAGUAUACGUACCAUUUUCUCCCUCUCAACUCUCUUUGUAUGCUCUUCUUCUGUAGUUCUUUUCCUAUCAAGGCAUACACGGGGGGUAAUGGCAACAGUUCAAGAUGGAAAAGCUUAACUCACAGCUAUACUUGCAGAACUGUUAUAUAAUCCAAUAGAAUGUGAUGCCAAGGAAGAGCUCAUUGGCUAAACCAGGAGAAUCAGGCGCUGCUGUCCGAGCUGAAGAAGAAACUUUCCAGUGCAAGCUCUAAUUCUACAACAAAUACUGUCAAAUCAAACGAGACCUAAUAUUCGUUGGUGCCAGAAAUCUAGUAACCAGCCCCUCUUUUUUCUGUGCGCGCUUAGUGUGGGGUAUACCUAGUUACAUGGCCAAGCUCUUGCAAAUCGUUAUUUUGGAGGUAAAAAUGAGCUUAUGAAGAAUAGAAAUAUUUUAUGAGUAAUAAAUGAAAUCAUAAGGUCUCUCUUUUAUACCAAA